GCAGGAAGUCGAUACGUGGCCGCCGCCUGUCCCCGCCGAGGAGGCGCUGCGAGCGGAGAUGGCGGCGCAGCUGAACGUAGAGCAACUUGAGGUGUCGCUCGACGGCCUCACGCUGAGCCCGGAUUCAGAGGAGCGGCCCGGCGCGGAGGGUGCCCCGCUGCAGACGCCGCCGUCCUCGCCCCCCGGGGAUGGACUGGGCUCCGGCACAGCGGGACAGCAGCGGGAGCCCGGGGAGGCGGCGGCUGAGGGCGCGGCCGAGGAGGCGCGGCGGAUGGAGCAGCACUGGGGCUUUGGCCUGGAGGAGCUAUACGGGCUGGCGCUGCGCUUCUACAAAAUAAAAGAUGGCAAAGCCUUCCAUCCAACUUACGAAGAAAAACUGAAGUUUGUGGCACUGCAUAAGCAAGUUCUUUUGGGCCCAUAUAACCCAGACACUUCCCCUGAGGUUGGAUUCUUUGAUGUGUUGGGGAAUGAUAGGAGGAGAGAAUGGGCAGCUCUGGGAAACAUGUCCAAAGAGGACGCCAUGGUAGAGUUUGUGAAGCUUCUGAAUAAGUGCUGUCCUCUCCUCUCAGCAUAUGUUGCGUCCCACAGAAUAGAGAAGGAAGAAGAAGAAAAAAGAAGAAAGGCGGAGGAGGAGCGAAGGCAGCGUGAAGAAGAAGAACGAGAGCGGCUGCAAAAGGAAGAAGAGAAACGGAAGCGAGAGGAGGAGGACCGACUCAGACGGGAGGAAGAAGAGAGGCGGCGGAUAGAAGAAGAGAGGCUUCGGCUGGAACAGCAAAAGCAGCAGAUAAUGGCAGCUUUAAACUCGCAGACUGCCGUGCAAUUCCAGCAGUAUGCGGCCCAGCAGUAUCCAGGGAACUACGAGCAGCAGCAGAUUCUCAUCCGCCAGCUGCAGGAGCAGCACUAUCAGCAGUACAUGCAACAGUUAUACCAAGUCCAGCUUGCACAGCAACAGGCAGCAUUGCAGAAGCAGCAAGAAGUAGUGGUGGCUGGGGCUUCAUUGCCUGCGUCAGCAAAGGUGAACACAGCUGGAGCAGGUGAUCCCCUGCCAGUGAACGGACAGGCCAAGACCCACACUGAGAAUCCCGAGAAAGUCCUUGAGCCAGAAGCUGCGGAAGAGGCCUUGGAAAAUGGACCCAAAGACUCUCUUCCAGUGAUUGCAGCUCCUUCCAUGUGGACAAGACCACAGAUCAAAGACUUUAAAGAGAAGAUUCGGCAGGAUGCAGAUUCUGUGAUUACAGUCCGGCGAGGAGAAGUAGUCACCGUUCGAGUCCCCACUCAUGAGGAAGGAUCAUACCUCUUUUGGGAAUUUGCCACAGACAGUUAUGACAUUGGGUUUGGGGUUUAUUUUGAAUGGACAGACUCUCCAAACGCUGCUGUCAGUGUGCAUGUCAGUGAGUCCAGUGACGACGAAGAGGAGGAGGAAGAAGAAAAUGUCACUUGUGAAGAGAAAGCCAAAAAGAAUGUCAACAAGCCUCUGCUGGAUGAGAUUGUACCUGUGUACCGGCGGGACUGUCAUGAGGAAGUGUAUGCAGGCAGCCACCAGUACCCAGGGAGGGGGGUCUAUCUCCUCAAGUUUGAUAACUCCUACUCUCUGUGGAGGUCUAAGUCAGUCUACUACAGAGUCUAUUAUACUAGAUAAAGCUGGUGUUACAGAGUCGGAGUCUGGGGUUGAGCAGAAGAUGACAUUUAAUUUCCUUUGACUUUUGUGGCGCAUAGGAGUCAGUGUUUACCUUCUCGAUUGUGUUCUGAUGGUUUAUGAACUCUUACUGAGAACCAGGAUUCCUUGAGACUCGUUAGCGUUAAUGCUCUGAUGUUAAAAGCAGUUCUGAAGACUCAUCUAGCCCUUGGGUGCUGACCAGCAGAGCCGCUCGUGGAUAUUGGAGUUACAAGAGCUACGUGUUAAUAUUCAGUCUCCAAAAUAAACAUCCCGGCGUUGCCCUGACCUGGCUGGUGGGUGCACUGCUGUCUGUUCCGUGCGUUGUACAGAGCCACGGUUAGAGCCGUAACUGGGAAUGCUUCUGAACUAGUCUCCUCCUGUGCAGCUGGCUUUGACUGGAGUGCAACAGUUUGAGACUUAAAAGCUCAAGACUUCACAGGUUAUAGUAGAAAAAGAAAUGGCCUCAACUUGAUCUCACCUGAGUGACCAAGGCUGUUUUUGCUUUGGGUACAACUGUUUAGUUAGUUAUGUUACAGAGAAUUAUUUUCUGAGAGAAUGACAACUUAGAAUAUUCAAGCCCGGUAGGUGAUUGAUGUGUAGAGAUUCAUAGACGGCCUCAGCACCCUCCCACCCGUCCUCCCACCCGUCCUCCCACCCGCCCUCCCAUUCUCAGGCCUUUUCUUCCACCUGCCAUUCAUACUACUGCUAACAAAAAACUAUUGAUUUUGUUUUCAUAGAGUUUUGUGGAACAUCUCAAAUUGAAACUAUUUUCUGUAAAAAAUAACAUGGCCAGGAGUUUUAUAAACUCAACUGGCACCUACUGAAUUAAAAUAUGCAAAAUCACUUUAGUGUAAUUCAGCAUUUGAAGAGUGCUGCUGCACUAAUAGGAAGUCACUGCCAGAGACAGUCUGAAUUUCUUUCUGUUCCUUAUGAGGGCACAAACCACCCCACAGUCCUGGUGGAGCUGCAAUCUAGAGAAAAUUGGAAACUCACAUGCUUAAAUGUUACAGCUUAAUCUGUCUUAUGUCUUACUGGUGGAAAAAGGAACAUCUUCAGUUUUCUCAUGGAAACAAGUCCACGUUCACUGCUUCCCAUCUGUGUGAGAGGUUAAGUAUGUAAAGGGAGGGUAGUAUAGACAGAAAACGACACAGUGUACGCCCACUGCUGUAUUGCCUCUGAAGUCUAAGGUUUAGUUUUGACAUCACAGGUCCCUUCCAGGGGCCCCACUGGCCAGCUGCAGUGUGCACAGGCUACUACGUCAGGCUGUGUGAGGUUUUCAUUUGCUGCCUUUCCUUCUGUUUAUAAUACCUGGUUUAUAGGUUCUCUUUUGUUUGUUAAGAAACUGGAUUAUUUUCUUCUAACCAAUGCUUAAUUUGUGUUUUUGAAUUUUCACUCGGAAGUAGUCAAAUGUCUAUGCUGUUACACCCAGAAUAUUCAUUAGGCCCCACAGCUCUUCUGUAUAUAUAGAAACCACAGAGUUAGGAUUUUUUUUUUUAAUGAGAAAAAUACUGUAUUUAAAAUGUAAAAUAAACUUUUAAAAAGCAAGCACUAAUAUAUAUUUCUUUCAGCCUUUGAUUACAAUUUUGUCCUUGCACAUGUUAAGAUAAAUUAUCUUCUAAAAAUCUUGUUCUUGGGAGCAGUGUAUGUCACUUUACAUAGCAGUUUCUGUCACAUGUUCAUAUCUGAACAUUUUUGGUUCUAGACUUUUUUAUUGCCUUUGGCUGUCGAUUAGUACCAUACAAGUGCAAUUUCAAAAAGAUCUUCAAAGUAAUAUAUUUAAUCAAUUAAAAUGUUUGUCUGCA